AUGGCUGCAAUCUUUGCCAGCUUAUCUGCACCACCAAUAAUCUCCUUCACAGAAAAGGCCACUUCCAUUAAAGAACUCCAUCAAGCUCAAGCCUACAUGAUCAAAACUGGUAUUUCCCACGAUCCCUUUUCGAUUAGCCGCCUCAUUUCAGUUGCAUCCAAAACCUCUCAUGAAACCCUCCCCUAUGCCUACUCCCUGUUCGCUGAAUUUCCCCAACCAAACACAUAUAUGUACAACACCCUCAUACGUGCUUAUGCCCUUAGUCCCUCCCCGAAUUUUUCGUGGUUUUUGUUCCUGAAGCUGCUCCAGGACGAGGAGCAUUUGUUUCCUGACAAGCUUCCCAGGGUGGAAGUUGUUUCUUGGAAUGCUCUAUUGAGUGUUUAUGUAGAAAAGGGGUUGCUAGACUUGGCUGUUUCUUUGUUCCGGGAGAUGCCCGUGAAGGACGUGGAGUCUUGGAAUUUUAUGCUCUCGGGUUAUGUAACAAGUGGACUGGUUGACGAGGCUAGGAGAAUGUUUGAUGAGAUGAUGACUAAAGAUGUUGUUUCUUGGAAUAUAAUGAUCACGGGGUAUGCUAAUGCCGGUAAGUACGAUGAAGUGCUUCUGCUAUUUAAAGAUAUGCAGAGAUCAACGGUGAAGCCUGAUAACCGAACAAUUGUCACUUUGCUGUCUUCUUGCGCUAGUACUGGGGCUUGGCAGCAAGGUAAAUGGCUUCAUGCCUACAUAGAUAGAAAUGGGUUAGAAGUUCAAGGUUUUCUAGCUACUGCUUUAGUCGAUAUGUACGCGAAAUGUGGGUGUAUUGAGAAGGCUAGAGAAAUUUUUUAUAGUACAAGUAAGAAAGAUGUGAGUACUUGGAAUGCAAUGAUUGCAGGGUUAAGCAUCCAUGGUUAUGGAAGGGACGCGAUAAAAGUCUUUUCUGAAAUGGUUUCAAAUGCUUUCAAACCUAAUGAGGUUACUUUUGUAAGCCUCUUAUCAGCCUGCAGUCGUGCUGGUCUCUUAGAGGAGGCUCAGGAGAUCUUUAGCAAUAUGUUUUCCCUGUAUGGAAUUACCCCUCAGAUUGAGCAUUAUGGUUGUAUGGUGGACUUACUUGGCAGGUUUGGGUUGUUAAGUGAGGCGGCUGAACUUGUGGCGGGAGUUCCAGAGAAAGAGGCACAUAUCAUGUGGGAAUCUCUUUUAAGUGCUUGCCGGAAUCAUGAUAAUGGACCCUGUUUCUCGAGGAUCUUCCUGGGAUGA